CACACACAUACGCACCCUCGCCCGCUGCCGCCACGCCAGGACAGCCAGUGGCUAAAGCCGGCGGGGCCAAGCAGCCCCGAGGCUGGCGGCAGAGUCUACUCACCAGGCAGCUGCAGCACUGCCCCAGCCAACACCCUUCCCGCACUCUAGGUGUGUCUCAGUCUCCAGUUGACUCUCCUGGAGCUGGGUUGCGGCUCCUCUCUUCUGGACACUGCCUUUGCCUGAAACCCACCAUGGGAGCACCGGCCAGGAAAAGGGCAAGCUUGCUGCUGCUGCUGCUGGCCACAAUGGCUCUGGUCUCCUCUCCAGGAUGGAGUUUUUCCCAGGGAACCCCAGCUACCUUUGGACCCGUCUUUGAAGAGCAACCUGUUGGCCUGCUAUUCCCAGAGGAGUCUGCAGAGGAUCAGGUGACACUGGCGUGCCGUGCCCGAGCUAGCCCUCCAGCCACCUAUAGGUGGAAGAUGAACGGCACAGAGAUGAGCCUGGAACCUGGCUCCCGUCACCAGCUGAUGGGGGGCAACCUGGUCAUCAUGAGUCCCACCAAGGCACAGGAUGCUGGUGUCUACCAAUGCCUAGCCUCUAACCCAGUAGGCACUGUCGUCAGCAAGGAAGCUGUCCUCCGCUUCGGCUUUCUACAGGAAUUCUCCAAGGAGGAGAGAGACCCUGUGAAAACCCACGAGGGCUGGGGGGUGAUGCUGCCCUGUAACCCACCUGCCCACUACCCAGGUUUGUCCUACCGCUGGCUCCUCAACGAGUUCCCCAACUUCAUCCCAACGGAUGGGCGUCACUUCGUGUCCCAGACCACAGGGAACCUGUACAUCGCCCGCACCAAUGCCUCGGACCUGGGCAACUACUCUUGCCUGGCUACCAGCCACCUGGACUUCUCCACCAAGAGCGUCUUCAGCAAAUUCGCGCAGCUCAACCUGGCUGCUGAAGAUCCCCGACUCUUUGCUCCCAGUAUCAAAGCCCGGUUCCCCCCAGAGACCUACGCACUGGUUGGGCAGCAGGUCACCCUGGAGUGCUUUGCCUUUGGGAACCCUGUUCCCAGGAUAAAGUGGCGCAAAGUAGAUGGUUCCUUGUCCCCUCAGUGGGGCACAGCAGAGCCCACCCUGCAGAUCCCCAGCGUGAGCUUUGAAGAUGAGGGUACCUACGAAUGUGAGGCAGAGAACUCCAAGGGCCGUGACACCGUCCAGGGACGCAUCAUUGUGCAAGCUCAGCCUGAGUGGCUAAAGGUGAUCUCAGACACAGAAGCCGACAUUGGUUCCAACUUACGCUGGGGCUGUGCCGCAGCAGGCAAGCCUCGGCCCAUGGUGCGCUGGCUGAGAAACGGGGAGCCUCUGGCCUCCCAGAACCGGGUAGAGGUCUUGGCUGGGGACCUGCGAUUCUCUAAGCUGAACCUGGAGGACUCUGGCAUGUACCAGUGUGUGGCAGAAAACAAGCAUGGCACCAUCUAUGCCAGUGCUGAGCUGGCUGUACAAGCUCUGGCCCCAGACUUCAGGCAGAACCCUGUGAGGCGGCUGAUCCCUGCAGCCCGAGGGGGAGAGAUCACUAUCCCGUGCCAGCCCCGUGCGGCUCCAAAAGCUACAAUACUGUGGAGCAAGGGUACUGAGAUUCUGGGGAACAGUACCAGAGUGACUGUCACUUUGGACGGCACCUUGAUUAUCAGAAACAUCAGUCGAUCAGAUGAAGGCAAAUAUACCUGCUUUGCUGAGAACUUCAUGGGCAAAGCCAACAGUACCGGGAUCCUGUCUGUGCGAGAUGCAACGAAGAUCACUCUAGCUCCUUCGAGUGCUGACAUCAAUGUGGGUGAUAACCUGACUCUACAGUGCCACGCCUCGCAUGACCCCACUAUGGACCUCACGUUCACCUGGACCCUGGAUGACUUCCCUGUUGACUUUGAUAAGCCUGGAGGUCACUACCGGAGAGCCAGCGUGAAGGAGACCAUCGGGGACCUGACUAUCCUGAAUGCCCAGCUACGCCACGGAGGGACAUACACAUGCAUGGCCCAGACAGUGGUGGACGGUGCAUCCAAGGAGGCUACAGUCCUGGUCCGAGGUCCCCCAGGUCCCCCUGGGGGUGUGGUGGUGAGAGACAUUGGAGACACUACUGUUCAGCUUAGCUGGAGUCGUGGCUUUGACAAUCACAGCCCCAUUGCCAAGUACACCCUGCAAGCACGGACUCCACCCUCAGGGAAAUGGAAGCAGGUUCGGACCAAUCCUGUGAAUAUCGAGGGCAACGCGGAGACUGCCCAGGUGCUGGGGCUCAUGCCUUGGAUGGACUAUGAGUUUCGGGUUUCAGCUAGCAACAUCUUGGGCACUGGGGAGCCCAGCGGCCCCUCCAGCAAAAUUCGCACUAAGGAAGCAGUCCCCUCUGUGGCACCAUCUGGACUCAGUGGAGGGGGAGGAGCCCCUGGAGAGCUUACCAUCAACUGGACUCCCAUGUCACGGGAGUACCAGAAUGGAGACGGCUUCGGCUACCUGCUGUCCUUCCGCAGGCAAGGCAGCUCCAGUUGGCAGACGGCCCGGGUGCCCGGUGCUGAUACCCAGUACUUCGUCUACAGCAAUGACAGCAUCCAUCCCUACACACCCUUUGAGGUCAAGAUCCGAAGCUACAAUCGCCGGGGGGAUGGGCCCGAGAGCCUCACUGCCAUCGUGUACUCGGCAGAGGAAGAGCCCAAGGUGGCCCCUGCCAAGGUCUGGGCCAAGGGUUCCUCAUCCUCAGAGAUGAACGUGAGCUGGGAGCCUGUGCUACAAGACAUGAACGGCAUCCUCCUGGGAUAUGAGAUUCGCUACUGGAAAGCCGGGGACAAAGAAGCAGCCGCUGACCGAGUGAGGACGGCAGGGCUAGACUCCAGUGCCCGAGUCACCGGCCUGUACCCCAACACCAAGUACCACGUAACUGUGAGGGCCUACAACCGGGCUGGCACCGGACCAGCUAGCCCUUCAGCUGAUGCCAUGACCAUGAAGCCCCCACCACGGCGACCUCCUGGUAACAUCUCCUGGACUUUCUCAAGUUCCAGCCUCAGCCUUAAGUGGGACCCUGUGGUUCCUCUCCGAAAUGAAUCUACAGUCACUGGCUACAAGAUGUUGUAUCAGAAUGACCUGCAGCCAACUCCUAUGCUCCACCUCACCAGCAAGAACUGGAUAGAAAUACCAGUACCUGAAGACAUCGGUCACGCUCUGGUGCAGAUUCGAACCACGGGGCCUGGAGGGGAUGGGAUGCCAGCCGAAGUCCACAUUGUGAGAAAUGGAGGCACCAGCAUGAUGGUAGAGAGCGCAGCUGUCCGCCCUGCACAUCCUGGCCCUGUGUUCUCCUGCAUGGUUGUACUGAUGCUCGCCGGCUGCCAGAGGCUCUGAUCUCAACGCUGCCCACCACACCCAAGCUGGACACCCACCCUAACAGACACAGCGGCUGGCCACAGCCCCCCUCCAACGCCAAGGUGGUUCAACACUGCCUGAGAGUGGCUGGCUUAGAUACCUACUCCCAACAGUACCCUUUACGUAGGAGGUAGGAUAUUUCUAUUCUGCCACAGGAUAGAACCAGGCAAGGAAUUUCUCUUUAAAUCAAGAGGCACUGGGCAGUGACUUCCAUGAUAAUACUAGACCUAAUGCCUGGACCCUCUGGGGUCCUGGACAGAAGGAACAAGCCUUUGGAUAGAAGGUGUUUGAUAUACAUCUUCAGAUCAAGUGGACGGCCCUCUGGGGCUACAAGUGGGCACUGCCAUCUCUCAUCUCUCUGGGAUGAGAGUCCCAGGCCCAGCAGGAACAUGGGCAGCAGUGGGCUAUCAAUUUCCCUCUAUGAAGCAGAGGGACCUCUCCUAGUCCUUGCUGGAGAAGCACCACAGUUAGUCCCCACGUGGUCUUCCGUGGCUCCCCGGCAGUCCUGCUUACUCAGUAGCCAAGAACAAGGCCCUGGGUUACUGGGGAUCAGAGCUCUAAAGGGUUGAGAGGCUACACCACCUGAUGGAAAGGGGCACCAGACUAAGGCCCAUUCACCACCCCGGUGGCACUGCCCUCUCAGCCAGCACUGCCAUCCCUGCCAUCCUCCAGAUGGAAUGGUGGAGUGACAGGGCCACUUGAGGUGGCUAUGUGACUAAAGGGCUUGUCUCGAGGAGUUGCCUUGCCUCAUCGGGAUGCUCCCUUCGUGGACCCUCCAGGGUAGGGGCAGGCGACGCCCAUCUGAAUGCCGUGCCCUUCCCUUCAGCUCUGCUGCAGACUUGUGCCUGCCUCCUCCUCCCAUAACUGCAGGCCCUGGAAACCAGCUCUCAACACAGCAUCCAUUCUUUUUCCUGGGAUGGAGAGGCAUCUGAGAAGGGCCAGAAUCAAUGUGGUCCUGCCUGCUUCCAGGAAUACCCUCCAUCACCUGGCCACACAUGUUCCCCAAACUGCCUGGACUCUCUUGGGUCCCCAGAAGUAAAGAGUUAAUAAGGUGGUGGAGGUGAAGGCAGCCUGCCUUGAGCUCUGGGUACAUUACCAGUGACAGACCAGACUACAGGAGCUGAAGAAGCCUUAUAGCUUGACUUAUCCAUACCUUGCCCUUAACAGAUGAGGAAAUGAUGCCGGGCAGUGGUGGCGCACACCUUUAAUCCCAGCACUUGGGAGACAGAGGCAGGCGGAUUUCUG